AAUCGCCGCUGGCAAGAUGAAACUCGUAACAUUCACCAAGUUCAUGUUACUGACUAUAGCAUUCACCUCUUUGACCAAUGCUGCAAAUAUCCUUGUUACUGUCUUAGUUCCAGAAUACACCAGUCAUCCUAAAAGCAUGUCCGCUAUAACAGGAGCAUUGAGCAGUCGCGGCCACAACGUCACCAUCCUGACCUGCUCAUUUGUAGGAACAAAAGGCUUCCCGAUGGACACCUACAACACCGCCCUCCAGUACCGCUUCGAUGUUCCUUCAGGACACGAGGCCACCCUGGACUCCAUGAUAGAGGAUUUCUUUCAGAAGGGUCCGUUAAGUAAUAUGAUAGAUAUAGGGAAAAUGUACUCUUGGAUAAGGUUAGCUUGCCAAAGUCUCCUUGGGGACUCCGCUGUUCUGUUUCGGCUGAAGGAAUCACAUUUUGAUAUCCUGAUCGGGGAUGUCGCUGACGGAUGUGAUGCGAUCCUCAGUAGUUACCUAGGUAUACCGCACAUAGCUGUGACGACGACAACGAGAUAUUUUCUUUUUCACGAACGCCUCUACGGGAUUCCAGCGCCUUCAUCGUACGUACAAUAUUCACUCCCCUUAUCAGAUCAGAUGACGUUUCUGGAGCGGGUUGCCAGCUUCAUGGACCAUAACCUUGUGUCGAGAUUUUUAGGGUGGGUUCACUUCGGAGCUUUAGACGAGAUAAAGGACGCGCAUGGUAUUGCUCCAGGACGAAGCACCCAAGAGCUCGUAGGAGAUGCAGAGUUGUGGAUGUGCAUGACGAGCUUUGCCUUUGAUUUCCCUCACCCAACAGCACCCAACUGGGUAGCUAUCGGAAAUACGGUCGGUGUCCCAGCAAGACCGUUAGACAAGGUAAACUACAUGAUGAUUAUAUCUAUAGCUUAUGGCUAUACCCAUACUUUCUUUCCUGUACACGUGUGGGUGGAGCAAAUGCAAGUGUGGAUGAAAGUUUUCCAAAUUGAUAUGACUAGAAUUCAAACCUAUAUCGAUUGUGAUCUAUCAAGAAUUUUACACUCCAGGCCCUACACAUUCCUAAUGCAGUAUCGGACUCGACAUUGA